UAUAUAAUAUAUAUAUAUAGUGUGUGUGUGUGUCUGUGUGUGUGUGCGUGAGAAAGCAUGUGACUGAUGAGAGCAUUCAGGAGGGAGGAAGCCCUCCACUAUUAAACUGCCAGAAUACCUCGCACAAGUUUCCACUGACCUGAAUUGCGCAUCUAUAACCAUGCCAAAGCAAAUACAGUUUUAAAAGAGAUAAUUAAAAGAGAGUGUUGCUUGGAAAAUUUCUGAAGCCAGCAGGAUGAGUAAUGGCACCAAUAGCACAGCAGCACAAGGCAAAAAUGGGGACAUUUUUAGCACAGUGCUGUUACUGUAUUGUGUUAUUUUGCUUCUUACCAUCAUAACCUUUCUUCUACUGAUCAUAUUGCUCAAAAAGUACUGCAAAAUGUGCAAAGAUUCCAGGCCUGACUCAAACAUUGAAGGAGGCACUUUUCGCAUGAGUGAUCUCAAAUGUAACUCAGACCUUGAUAAUCCUAAUAACGACAUCAUCAGUCAAUCAAACAACUUACAAAACUAUACUGCAUGCGAUGAUGAUUCAUCCUCUACUAGCUCCGAGAGCUUGUGUCAUUCAUAUGGAGAUAAACACAAUGACAAUAACCAGCAAUAUAUGAGUUUGAAAACCACCCUUCAAAGUGCAGAUUAUGAAAAUAUUCCUGAAGGAAAAUCCACCAGCGCACUAGAUUAUGAAAAUAAGAAGGCAAAGAAAAACCGAGACUAUGUAAAUGUAGAAGAACAACAGAAUAUGCCUUUAACUAAGGGCAGAAGAAGCAAAACUGACAGGCAUCAAGAAGACCAGGAUGAGAGUCAAACCAGCAGUGAGAGCAGCAGCGACGAGAGCGACGACCAGUCUAUAAAUUACAGCAUGGUUGUCUUUAAAGAAGCCACAAAUACAGUCAAAAGAGAGCACUGAAGCUGCUUUUCUGCUUCAGGAUAUUUUUAAUAAUAUUUCAUUUGCUUUUUAUUUUGUUUACUGCAUUCUGUCAGUGGUGCAGUCAAUAAUCAUAUACUAGCUCAAUCAUGACUUAACAACAUGCUCUAAAAUGACUGCUUUUAUUUUCAGUGCUGGUUUCAUUUGUCAGGUGCUUUUGAAUGUGAGGUAUAAUGUGCAUUUUCACCAUAUAUGGUAAAAGAGACCUAAUUUUAGGUACAAGACCUGCAUUAUGUUUUUGAUCUGAUAAAUGUAGUCUGUGGUACUGAUUGUAAUCAUAAUAUCCUGUAAAGCAGGAACCACCGCGUGCAGCUAAGCAGGGUGGCAAGAUGAAAGGCUUAUUUUCAGUUUCUGUAUUUCUGUGUGCUAGUAAUUAGUCUAUUUCAUAUACUUUGAGUUUUUUCUAUGCAAACAUUACAGUUUUAUUCAGUCAAGCUUGUUAUUGUUAUAAAAUGCUGAACUUGUACUUAUACGUUUUUUUUAUUAUUGUGUUAUUGUACCAGUUUAGUUUCAGUUAUUUUUAGGGUAGUGUAUUGGAGUAUUCAUCUAUAAGUACAAUUGGAUUUCUUUGGAUUUUUGAUUUGAGGAUUAAUCUUUUAUUGUCACAGGUCUUAUGUUUAAUUUCUAAUCUCUGGAAAACACCUAUUUUUUUUCAUACUGAAUUCUACAUACAAAAAAUACAAAAAAUAUCUUCCAAUAUUUUUAUUUUUAUAUUUUAUAUAUAUUGUUUUAUUUUAUAAUAGUUAUAUGGAAUUUUAUUCACAUUAAUUACUAAUUUAGUUUUGUUUCACAAUUGGCAUAAAGUUUGUGGCCCUGCGAUGGGUUGUCACCCCGUCCAGGGUGUCCCCCCUGAGUUCCCUGGGAUAGGCUCCAGGCUCACUUGUGACCUGGGUAAGCGAUAUGGAAAAUGGAUAGAUGGAUAGAUGAAUAAAAAAAUGUUUGUUCUACAUUAUUGUAUUAGUAAGAAGAAAAAAUGUUUGGAUUUGCAAAUAUAUAUAUAAAUUAUAACUGUAUAUUAGUAAAUAACACAAUAUGUUAAAUAAUAGACAACUUUUCAGACAAACAGACACUUUGAACCAAGUGUGUUUUUUUGUACAGAAUGGGAGUACAGAAUGUGUCAGAGCAGUAUGAGAAAAAAGGGGGCUCUAUCAUCCUAUUAUCAUGUUGUGUUGCUUUCUGUAGUGGUUUGAUUUUUUUUUUUUCAUCGCAGAAGACCACAUGUUAGCGUAGGAGGCCAGAGAGUUACUGCUGCUAGAUAAUUAAGUGCUCUUUGUUUUUUUAAAAGAAAUGUACUAGUUUAUAUAUUUUAAGUAUUUUGUUGUUUAGUUUGACCAUUUGUUGUACAUGUUUUACAUUAACCUGUGACUCUGAGAUUCUAAUGUACAGUCAUGUCAAAAAAUAAGUACACUCCAUCUAAAUUGUUGGCUUUUUGGACAUAUUUGGACAAGCAAACUUUUCAUCAUUUUUGAAACAGUGCCUAUUAAUAAAGUUUAUAUACUUGAACAAAACCACAAGGAAAAUUAACUUUUUCAAUCCUUUAUUCAACAGAAAUAUCAAUUCUACUUUGGAAUAGUAAGUACACCCUUGGCCUCAGAAGUUUGUAUUGCCCCCUUUAGCAGAAAUAACUUCUUGUAGGCAUUUUGCAUAACUGUCCACCAGGCUUGCUGGAAUUUUUGACCAUUCUCUCAAUGCAAUAUUCUUUCAGUUGCAAGGUGUUUGAGGGUUUUCUUGCAUGUACUGCCCAUUUCAAAUCCCCUCACAACAUUUAAUUGGCAUUCAAAGCUGAGUUUUGCCUAGGCCAUUCCAUAACCCUCUGAGUCAUUCCUUGGUGGAUUUGUUAGUGUGUUAGGAUCAUUAUCCUGUUGGAAGGUCCACUUUUGGACAGAUGGCCUCACAUUAUCUUCAAGCAUUCUUUGAUGUGAUGCAGAAUUCAUAGUUGAAUCAAUGAAUGCAAGCUGUUUAGUCCCUGAGGCAGCAAAGCAAUGCCAAACCAGAACAUUUCAUGGCAUGAGGCGCUUCUACUGAAGAGCUGUCUUUGCUCACCGCCAAACAUGUCUGCCGUCACUGUGGCCAAACAACUCUAUCUUUGAGUCGUCUGUCCAGAGCACAUUAUUCCAAAAGGCAUAGUCAUUGCCUAUAUGCUCAGUGGCAAACUGUAGUCUUGCAAAGGCUUUUUCCUGGCACGCCUUCCAUGUAGGUCAAAUUUCUGCAAUCUCUUUAUGAUUGUAGACGCAUGCACUUUGACACCAACAGUUGCAAGACUUACUUGCAUAUUCUGUGAUGAAAUU